CACAAUGUAUAAUAACGCCUUUAGCAUUAUCAAACUUCUGUUUGCAAUCAGUUUAGGAUAUAUGCUCUUAUUCUCUGAAGCAGUGGCAUAUCAUCCAGGACAAACAGAAGCCGAGGCGCUUAUUAUAUGGAAACAAAGCUUCCAAAACCAAUCAGCCUUUACUUCUUGGGUCUUGCCACAAAUAAAAAGUUACUCUUCCUCCAUCAGAAGCCCAUGUCGUUGGCAAGGAAUCGCUUGCGACAACCAUGGAAGAGUCACCAACAUUACCCUGCCUCAGUUAGAAUUGCAAGGUACACUUGAUGCCUUAGAUUUCUCUUCAUUCCCACAUUUAAGUUACCUUGACCUCAGUCAGAACCGUACCAGUGGCAUAAUACCUUCUACUAUAGGCAUGAUUUCUAAACUUAAAUACCUUGAUCUCUCAACUAAUAUGCUGAAUGGUACCUUACCUCUUUCCCUAGCAAAUCUGACAUUAGUUGAGCAGCUUUGCUUAUCUCGAAACAAACUUACUGGCCGAAUAGACCCGAGUUUGUUCCCUAGUGCAACAAAGCAUGCAAAUUCUGGUCUGAUCAGUAUUGAAGUCAUAAUCAUUGAAAGGACUUUUUUAGACGGUCCAAUUACCUCUACCAUAGGUAACUGCAAGAACCUUUCUUUCAUUGCUCUUGACAAUAAUCGAUUUUCAGGUCCUAUCCCGGAGUCAGUGGGCAACUUGAGUGAGUUAAAUUCCAUACUUUUGUACCAAAAUUAUUUAACUGGGCCUAUACCAACCUCUGUUGGUAGACUCAGCAAGCUAACUGACCUUCGCUUGUUUGAUAACCAAUUGUCUGGUCACGUUCCUCAAGAGAUCAGAAACCUAUCCAUCACCAACCUGCAGUUGUCUAGGAACAGUUUUACAGGACUACUACCCCCACAAUUGUGUAAGGGCGGUAACCUUGUCUACUUCUCAGCUUCUAGCAACAAUUUUGCAGGUCCAAUACCAGUCAGCCUAAAAAAUUGUCCCAAAUUGAAUAGAGUUUACCUCAAAAACAACCAACUUACUGGUGACCUUGACCAGGCAUUAGGAGAGUAUCCUAGCUUGGUUUACAUCGACUUAAGCUUCAAUCGACUAGGAGGUGAACUCUCACCAGAGUGGGGUAAGUCUGAAAACUUGACUGCUCUACUGAUAGCUGGUAACUCGAUUAGUGGUAAAAUACCAAAAGAAAUUUUCAGUUUGCCAAAUUUACAAAAAUUAGACCUCUCAUCUAAUAGGUUACAUGGAAACAUACCCCCAGAAAUUGGGCAAAGCUCAAAACUGUUCCAAUUAUCCUUUCAGAAUAAUAUGCUCUCAGGUCGAGUGCCUGUACAGGUAGGAGGCCUACAUGAACUGAACCAAAUGGACCUCUCGAACAACAGUCUAACCGGGCAAAUCCCAUCUGAAAUCGGGAGUUGCUCAAAUCUGAUGAGCUUAAACUUGAGCAACAACCAUCUGAAUGGCCCAAUUCCAGAUGAGAUCGGGCAGCUAACUCAGCUGCAGAUCUUACUGGAUUUGAGUUAUAAUUUUUUAACCGCGGACAUGCCACUGAACCUGGGGAAGCUACAAUGCCUUGAAACAUUGAACCUUUCACAUAACCAUCUGACGGGAAUUAUCCCUACAUCUAUAGCCACCAUUGCCAGCUUGGUACGACUUGAUAUCUCGUAUAAUGAACUAGAGGGUCCAUUACCUGACAGUAAUAUCUUCUCUUCAUUUCCUUUAAGAUCAUUUUCUGGCAAUAAAGACCUUUGUGGUAAAAUAAGGGGCAUGAAACCUUGCAAUGAUAUGUCUCCAACAAGAAAGCAACAAAGCCAUGUCAUAAGACUCGCAGUUGUUGCUUUUGCAAGCGUACUGUCUUUUCUUCUUGUUGCCUGCAGCAUAUUAUUCUGUAGAAAGCGCAGACUGGCAAAAUGCAAACAGCAGGAUAUGAGUCAGAAAUGCAAAGACGUAUUCACUGUACUGAACUUUGAUGGCAACUUAGUCUACAAUGACAUAGUUGAAGCCACAGAGGACUUUAACAGUUUGUACUGCAUUGGAAGUGGAGCAACUGGGAAGGUUUAUAAAGCAGAGAUUCCAAGUGGUCAAGUGUAGCGGUUAAAAAGCUCAACGCCAGCACCUUAGAGAAAGCAGCAGUAGCAGCAAGGAGUUUCGUGAAUGAGGUGACUGCCCUGAUAGAGAUUCGGCAUAGGAACAUUGUGAGGUUUUAUGGGUUUUGUCUGCACGAGAGCAUAAUAUUCUUGGUGUACAAGUUUAUCGAAAGAGGAAGCUUGGCUGAUGUUUUAGGCAGUGUCGAUGGAGCAAAGGAGCUGGACUGGGACAAGCGGGUCAGAAUCAUCAAGGGAGUUGCUGAUGCCUUGGCAUACAUGCACCAUGGCUGCACACCACCUGUUGUCCACCGCGACAUUUCAAGUAAAAAUAUUUUACUGUGCUCUGAACUGAAAGCUCAUGUCUCAGACUUUGGCACCGCAAAGUUCCUGAACCCAGAUUCUUCUAACUGGACCACGCUUGCUGGAACAUAUGGCUACCUUGCCCCAGAGCUAGCUUUCACCAUGGUCGUAACAGAAAAAUGUGAUGUAUAUAGCUUUGGCGUUCUUGCGCUCGAAAUUCUAAUGGGAGCACACCCACAAGAUCAGAUUUUGAGCCUUUCAGCAAGCAUGUCAGAUGACCAACUGAAAAUAAAAUCCAAAGAUGUCUUAGACCGUCGUCUUGCAUAUCCUACAGGCCAAGAGCUUAUACAGCAGCUUGAAUUUGUGUUACAGAUAGCAACUUUAUGCCUCAAUAUUAAUCCACAAUCAAGGCCAACCAUGAAUUACAUCUCUCAGAUGUUCGAAACGAGAUGUGGAAAUGAUAAUCCCAAAGCCAUUGACUUGUAGAGCUUCAAUAUACAAGUUGAAAGUUCUAAUUCAGCUUUGCAAUCAAACAUCAAUACUAUGAGAUUUCGAGAAUAAAUAACCUUAGUAUGUACCAAAGCUAAUUCUCAAGAAUAAUUGGCGUAGUAGAAUUUAUACAAGUAAUUUUAGUCAAAAAAUGAAAACUAAAGUGUAACUAUUAUUUCGAAACCCAGUUAGAAAAUAUUUGUUU